GAGAGAGAGAGAGAGAGAGAGAGAGAGAGAGAGAGAGAGAGAGAUAUGGAUGUCUGGUAAAUGAUUGGUUCACAGCCUAGGACCCCAGUCAUAAGAAGAAGGAAGGAGACGUAUAAAUACAAACAAUAGUGGCAGAAGUGGAAUAGAAGCCGAACACGCAAAUACAUGAAGAGAUGGUGGAAAAAAGGAAAGUAAAGGAGAGAGGACAUUGGGCUAGUAAAACAGAAUUCUUUCUUGCUGUAGCAGGAGACAUAGUGGGUCUGGGCAAUGUUUGGAGAUUCCCCUACCUCUGCUAUAGGAAUGGAGGGGGGGGAUUCUUGGUGCCUUACCUGGUGCUUGCUGUGACCUGUGGUUUGCCACUAUUCCUUCUGGAGACAGCUAUGGGACAGUACACACAAGAGGGUGGCAUCACCUGUUGGCAGCGUAUUUGUCCACUGGCUAAGGGUGUUGGAUAUGCCGGUCAGUUGCUUGAACUCUAUAGCUGCAUGUUAUACAUCAUAAUACUUGCCUGGGCACUGCUUUAUUUGGUCUUAUCCUUCAAGUUUCAGCUUCCCUGGGCCAGCUGUGAUAACAUCUGGAACACAGAUGACUGUAUAGCUAUUGGAAGUGAUCUUAAUUGGACAAGACAGGCCAACUCAACACCAGCAGCCACUGAAUUUUGGGAGAGAAGAGUGCUUUCUAUCUCUAAAGGCAUUGAAGAUGUUGGAAAGGUCAACUAUGAGAUUGUCUUAUGUCUAAUUGCAAUGUGGAUCCUCUGCUAUUUCUGUAUCUGGAAAGGAGUCAAGUCUACAGGGAAGGUGGUAUAUUUUACAGCAACGUUCCCCUAUGUGAUGCUGCUGGUGUUGCUGAUUCGUGGACUAACUUUGCCUGGGGCCAUGUUGGGUGUUAAAUUCUACCUCUAUCCUGACUUUCAACGGCUGUUGGAGCCUCAGGUAUGGAUGGAGGCAGCCAGUCAAAUUUUCUACUCAUACAGUAUAGGUGUUGGUGUAUUGACUGUACUAGGCAGCUACAACCAAUACAACAACAACUGCUACAGGGACUGCUUUUGGCUGUGUCUGCUCAACAGUUGCACCAGUUUUGUAGCAGGCUUUGCAGUGUUCUCAGUUCUGGGCUUCAUGGCUCAUGUGCAAGGUGUUCCUAUAGAGGAUGUGGCUGAGUCAGGUCCUGGCCUAGCUUUCAUAGCGUAUCCUCAGGCAGUUGCUAUGAUGCCUCUUCCUCAGCUGUGGGCUGUGUGCUUCUUCCUUAUGAUUAUUCUUCUGGGUCUGGACACACAGUUUAUUACAAUGGAGGUGAUCAUUACAUCAGUGACGGACAUGUUUCCCCGAGUGCUGCGUAGAACUGGACGGCGUGAGAUCUUCCUGCUUCUCUUCUGUGUUUUCUGUUUCUUCUGCCAACUCAUCAUGGUCACAGAGGGGGGGAUGUAUGUGUUUCAGCUGUUUGACUACUACGCCUGUAAUGGAGUAUGCAUUGUCUUUAUCUGUGUGUUUCAGUGCCUGGCAGUGGGCUGGGUCUUCGGCGCUGGACGAAUGUCUGAGGUCAUUGAAGAUAUGACAGGGUCAUACCCUAACAUCAUCUUUCGGAUGUGCUGGAAAUAUGUCACCCCAGUUCUCUUACUGGUAUGUUUCAUAUAUUUUUUGGUUGACUAUCAGCCUUUGAAAUACAACCGCUGGUACGUGUACCCAGACUGGGCGUAUGCACUGGGCUGGUUGAUGGCUCUGUCUUCAAUGAUGCUGGUUCCUGGAUGGGCAUUGGGCCGCCUCUGCACAUUGAAAGGGAGCCUCAGACAGCGCUGGCUUUACCUGUGUAGUCCUGACAGCAAGUUACCAUUGACCCAGAUGCAGAGAGCUAGAAUGCAAUCAGCAGUUUGACAAAGCCAACAGUACUGCACUGUAAAACCGGAUAGUUCAUCUAACACAAAAAAUUUGAGGAAACUAAUUACCUCAAAAUUUUUAAGUUUAUAAAUCAAUUUCUUUAAGCCAAAUACACUUAAAUAUAACAAAAAUUUAACUCAAACUUGUUAUAACUGUCAUGAUAGUUGUUAAUCAUCACCGAUAUUGGAUUAGGGCCGAUCCACAAGAUGGGUGGGCAGCACUCAGAAGCUUGCUGCGGGCCUGCGGGUCUGACUCUCCAUGCCAAAGACCUGGGCAAGACAGGCAGGACCCUUGUGGGCACUGGAACAUGGAACUGCUUUGUGGUCAAGGAUGGAUUAAAAACUGGAUUAAAAAAAACAACAAAACAACUUGGCUGAUACACCCUGGAGGCCCCCAGGCUCCCCUGCGACGCAUGCUGUCCAUGCCAAAGGCUCUAAUGUGAAUGCUGUAAUGUGAAUGCUGGCAGUGUUGGUAUUAGCAGUCUUGACAGAAUCCUUGGCAUUGUUCACUAUUUCAGCAUUGUUUCAGUUUCAGUUAACAGCAGUGCUCGGUUCUCCACUACCAUCUAAAAUAAAAUCUCAACUAACAAUUUAAAAUGGAUUGAUAUCACUGGUACCUUGGCCAAUGUUGCUAUCUCUCUCAGUUCUUUCUCUUUUUUUUGGUAACUAAUCCACUACUCAGCUUUUGUAUGUAUUAGCCAGACAUCACAUAAAAGAAGCAAUAAGAUACCCAGAUGCAUGUCUGUAUUACCUUAAAAAUAAAACCAGUAAGAUUGCUUAAUAAAUCAUCAUUUUUUCCAUUUGAAAA